CCUAGUUAAACGUUUAAGUUAUUAAGAUACUUAGUGUGAUAAUAAUCCUUGUACCUUCAUCUGUCCAAAAAAAGUGAAUUAUUGGCUGUACAAGUAAAGAUAAUACAAAAUUUUAUUGAAAUUUAAAAAUUGCAUGAAAAAUUAGUAAAUAGAACUUUUAAUUGGUGUAUUUUCUCAUAAAUUGCUUUAAUUACUCAUACUGAAUUGUGUAGCAUAUAAGUGUAGUUUUUAAAAUAGUAAAAAAUUGUGUCAAAAAAGAAUUUUCGUGAAAUUCGUCAAUAUUUACGGAUAAUUAAGUUUUUCCAAUUACUAGCACUUACAGUGCUAUAUCUUGUAACUGCUUUAGUGCCACUACUUGUCACUUUUAUCAUCUAUCCAUAUAGAAUCAUCAAGUUUUGAUCAAUUAGCCUAAGGCAGUGUCUACAAGUUAGACAUAAAAGCUCUAAGGCACAUAAUCAACAGCUCAGUCAUUCUCUUAUCAAACUGAUUUAUAAAUAUUUUACCGAUUGAUCGAUGAUGAUUCAUACAAAUUUCAUAAAUGAGUAGUCAGACUUUUGUUCCGUUAUACGUCCAUUGUACAUACACGAAUCGAUGACGUUUAAGAAGUUCUUUUCACAAUUGGCGCAUUUCAUUACAAAUUCAAGUUUCUAAAUGACCUUGGAAAAGGAAAAAUCAAAACAUAUUGCAUAGUGGAUGUAUUAGAUGACUUACAAAGCUUUUUUCCUGACUAAAUUCUAUGCAUAACACAAAUCUUAUUGUUUUAUCAUUUUCUAUAGAUUUAUAUACAAAAUAUUAUAUUCUUUUAAUGACUUUUUGGUGGGUUUAGCAAGGCAGAACUAAUAUAAUCUAUACAUGAAUGAAGUGCUGUGAAUCAAGAAACAAGUAGAAAUGGAAUAUAAUAACACAGGGUUGUUAGCAAUUGUGAUAGAAAAGACGAUAGCAACUCUAUGUGGUGUAGAUGGUGGACCUGAAUAUAAGAUUGAUGUGCAUCGAGGAACAAUGGUUGAUAUCAAAGAUGCUAUGGGAGCUUAUUGUAAAGUCAUGAUUGUCGACUAUUAUCAGAAAAAUCUAGCAUUUGAGAAUAAUUUAUAUCUGAUGAAAUAUAGUACAUUAAUGGAAGUAAAUAAUGAUGUAUGGCCAUAUCUAGUCGCGAUAUCAGAUCCACAUGAACGAGCAAAUGUUGCCAAAGAUAAAGAAUUCAUCGAAUAUUUGCAAACAUUACGAGAUCUUAGCUUUGUAGCAAUUAAUGGCCAAUUCUUCAGCAUCUACCCAAUGAAACAAUCAUUGCAAUUUCUACCAGAACGUGAACCAAAAAGUCGAGCACUUGACUACGAUUGUAUCAUACGGUAUAUGGGUCCUGUCGGUGAAAUCGGUCCGGGUUACUACAUUGGUUUAGAACUAUUGAAUCUUGUAAAAGGACAUUCUCCACAAGAGAAAGAAAUCGAGAAGUUUUCAUUCAAAUAUACCAAAUGUGAGGCGAAUCUUGCCUUCAUCCUACCCGUGAAUUUUUUGAAGAAACCAGCUCUGCUGAAAAAGAACAAUAAGUCAACAUUUAGUAGUAUUUUGUGUGGAAUUAAAGAUAAAGUGAAGUCACAUUCCAAUCGACAUUCCUAUAUUGAUAAUAGUGUAAUUGACUCGGCAAGUGAAUAUUCAUCAGCAUCAACAAAACGUUCCUUAACACCAGAAUUGGUACAUUAUAAUACAGUCAAUGGCAAUUAUGGAAAGAUGAAUGCAUCAAAUAAAUUCCCAUCGUCCAUAUCGAGUCCAAAUUUAUCGAAACAAGAUAGUGGCUCAUCGACAACCAGCGGCUCGCAGACACGCUUUAAUAAUUUAGACGUGCCUGAAUUUUCAGAAGAUUACGGUUACAUGGUUGCUGAACGUGAAAAGAAAAUGGAAGAGAAACGAUUGUCAGGAUCUCGUGGCAUACAAACGACAUCGAGCAGUGGAAGUAGUAUAAAUGGUGAAGCACGUACGCCAAAAAGUAAAAAGAAAACAGUUUUAAUUCCGUCAGCACCGAAUCGUGAUAUUAGGCCAUCAACAAUACUAAGCUUGGAGGAUCGUGACUUGAUUGUGAUUGAUAAACAAGACAUUAAGGAAGCAGUGCGAAAUGAAAGUGAUGUAAUUAUUGUAGAUCCACCAACAAUUCCACAAACGCCAUCUGAUAAUGACCAUGCUGAUUUGACAGACAUUCUUGGUGGACAAUGGCCUGAUUUGGCAGGAGCGAGUGGAACAUUAUUAAAUAGUGACAGAAAAUCAGGAACAAUCAAUAAUGGAUAUCGAAGUAUUGAACGUAAUAAGAGUGCAAAUAUUGCUUCGCAUUUUACAAAUUCAAAGUCACGUUAUGAUACACACAAUGGAUAUCGGAAAAAACCAAACGGACAGUACGACAACUUUGAUCAGGACUCUGUCUCAUCCAUUGAUCAGAUUUCAGACUGCAUUGUACCCUCGCCACUUUUUGACAUUCCAAAUUCUUCAUUGGAAAUAGGCACAGUUGUAGAAGUAGCAAUAGAAGGUGGUAAGAAUCUUCAUGGUGUUAUUCGUUGGAUUGGACUUAAAUAUCAAGAAGACGCUUUAAAGAUGUCUAAUGGAUAUAAUAAUAAUAACAAUAAUAAUAGUGAAUUAGUUGUUGGUGUUGAAUUAGAUGAACCAUGCAAUGAGCGAGGCUUGAGACUAAGUGAUGGAAUUUAUAAUGGACAAAGAUGUUUCCGCUGUCCAGAUCGUCGUGCAAUUUUUGUGUCGCCUAAGCAAUGUACAAAGGACAGAAGAUUUUGUGAAGAGGGAACUUCCAAAACAUCAACAAUUCGAUCGAAUACGCCGAGUGAUGGAAAGGCUUUUGGAGCAGAUUGCCCGAUAAUUGAAGGCUCUGUGUCAGCUUUAAAAUUUGUAAACUACGAUGAUCUUGACGCGCACUGUGGAAAGUUUAAAGGCAUUCAAGGACACCAUAAUUCAUGCUAUUUGGACGCAACUCUAUUUGCAAUGUUUACAUUUACGAGUGUUUUUGACUCAAUUUUAUUUCGUCCACGUGAACCAGAGGAUCACGAUCAGUAUGAAGAAGUUCAAAGAGUUUUGCGCGAGGAAAUUGUUAAUCCAUUACGCAAGAAUUUGUUUGUUCGUGCUGAUCGCGUGCUUAAAUUGAGAAAGUUGUUAGAUAAAUUGACAUCUGUGAAAGGAUUAAUGAACGAGGAGAAGGAUCCUGAAGAGUUUUUGAAUUCACUUUUAGCACAGACAUUGAGAGCAGAGCCGUUUUUGAAGCUAAGUUCGGGACAAGAUGCAUAUUUCUAUCAGCUAUUUCUCGAGAAAGACGAGAAGCUAAGCCUACCUACAGUACAGCAAUUAUUUGAGCAAUCAUUCUUAACAUCAGACGUAAAAUUAAAGGAAGUUCCAUCAUGCUUAAUUAUUCAAAUGCCACGAUAUGGAAAGAACUUUAAAAUGUAUCCACGAAUAUUACCAUCUCAAGUUCUCGAUGUGACGGACAUUAUUGAGGAUUCACCGCGUCAGUGCACGAUAUGCGGAGCAUUGGCAGAAUUUGAGUGCAAAGAAUGCUUUGGUGUUUUACAAACAGGCUCAGGACUAGAAUCGACAUCAUUUUGUCAAAAAUGUCUAACAACAGUACAUACACAUCACAAGAGACAAAAUCAUACACCAAAAGCUUUAUCCAUUCCUCAUGACUUUAAGAUAAUUUCCGAUUAUAAUCAAGUUCCAAGGCUAUUUAUGGAGCUUUUUGCUGUUAUUUGUAUCGAGACAUCGCAUUAUGUAGCAUUUGUUAAAGCUGGCUCAGGCUUAAAUUCACCAUGGGUAUUUUUUGAUUCAAUGGCUGAUCGUAAAGGCGAACAAAAUGGUUAUAAUAUUCCUGAGAUGAUUUCCGUACCUAAUUUACCAACAUGGCUAUCUGAAGAAGGUGCAAGGAAUUUACACGAAGCAAAUUUGCAGGACAAACAUCUUCCAGAAUUCGCAAAACGUCUUUUAUGCGAUGCAUCGUUGAUGCUAUAUCAGUCAACAGAAAUGAUGAUGUAUCGAUAAAUUGGAAGUUCCGUUAAUUAUUAUGUCAACUUUUUUGGAUUUAUUGAAAUAUAUAUUGAAGAAGUAGUGAAAGAAUAUCCAUCAGAAAUUUAUAUGGAUUAAUAUUAAUCAAUUUAAGCAUUUAUGUCCAUUGAAGAUUAAUGCUUACAAAAAAAAUCUUUUAAAUGACAGUAUAUUUAGAUUGAAAUGGAUAUUUAAUAUCUAAUGAAUUAAUAACUAUUAAAGAAGAAGGAAAAAUAUUCUUAAAAACAAAAUUAAUCUUUGCAAUUCCCUUAUACUUCCUACAAAACAAGCAAGUUCUAAAUUAUUGAAUCGACAAAUGAGAUAAAAAAAAAACUUUAAACGCAACAAAAUAUAUUACAAAUAUAUAUUAUAGUGAAAAAUCUGUUACCUUUAGCGAAAAUUCAAAUAGUACAUUGAUUCAAAUUCAUCAAGAUGCUUGAGGUUGAUGUGAUGACUUUUUGGUAUAAUGGCUUUAAAAGAUCUAAAAACUAUUUUGACGUUUGAAAUUUUACGUACGUAUUUUGAAUUAUUUACGUAAUUGAAUUUACGUACGUAUUUUAAAUGUCUUACGUUAUUUUACGUACGUAAAUUGAAUUACCUACGUAAUAUAAUUUACGUACGUAUUUCCAAACUAGAAAUUUGUCUCAAAAUCAGAAAGUCAUACACAUCAGACGCAACAUUUUAUAGACCUAAUUUAUCAUACAAAAAAGAAAGAAAACAUAUAUAAGAUGAUCCUGACGAACAAAAAAAAUAAUAAGAUUUUCAAAUACAAUAUCCAAUGAAUGGAAAUAUAUAUUUUUAUAAAAAAAGAAGCCAAAAGAGAAGAUUAAUAAAAAAAAACUUUAAAGAAGCCCGUUUUUUCCGGAACAAAGUGUAAUGCAUUAAAUGCUAUAAAUGAAAAAAAGAAGAAGAAUAAUGAUACUAAUUAUUAAUAAUGUUAUUUAAUCGCUUAAAUUCUUGUAAAGCGUUAUAAUAAUAUUAAAUGAAAGAAAAAAACUUAGCAAAAAAAAAUUCAAUAAAAACGAUACGAAAGAUUCUAAGAAAUUUAAA